CAUCGCUCUCCCUACCCCGGAUGCUCACGCCUCCCUUAACCGACCAACACGGUCCAACCCCUCUCGCUCCUCCCUCACCCCGGUCGCCGGCGCCAACGCACCGCACUGCACACCGCCAAUCCAUCUCCCUCUAUUCCGUGGUCGGCUCCGGCGGUGGUGACCAUGGCACACGGGCGGCUUCCAGUCAACGACCACACCAGUAUCUCUACUGCCUGCAACGUGUGGUGAUGUGGUCCACAAGCAUGACCGGCAGCCAUGGCAGAUCGUGCGACGAUGAGGCUCCAUCAAUGGGUAGGCACCAUGCCGCGUUGGCAUCCCCAUCCGCCUCAGUCUCCGCUGGCAACACACAUAGAUCACGCCGACCUACCCUCCCGCAGCCUCAUGGUCCCUCACGGCCGUUGCUAGCGCAGCAACUCGAUGCCGCCAGAUCGGCUUGGCCGCUGCUUCCGCCCCAAUACUUUUCGGGCAGCCAACGAUGCACGUGUCAUCGCAGACUUGUUGGCCUUGAUGAACAACACUCCUUGCGCGGACGCGUCGGCCUCAUCGGUCAUCGCCCCACUGAACAACAGCAUGUAAGACACCACGGCUACCGGUCUGGCAUGAUGCUAUGGUCUGACGACGUCAAGGGAUAUUAUUUGCAGGGGAUACAGUAUAUACAGGGAGAUCAUCUUAUAGGACAGGGAGAUUAUCUACCAUUGUUCACAUAUAGCAGAUAUGCAACAGAAGAAGUUCCUCCACUGCUACUCCGAAAAUUAAGCAAAAAUGAUCUCCAUCCUUGGAGUAUAUAGCUGCCAGGUGAAUUGGACCCAAUCCUUAGGUGAACUCACAUAGCCUGCCACGCUUCUGGAUGGAUCCUCCGCCCCGCCCUCGAGCUUCAGGUUGUAUACAGUCCCCGUCAGAAGCCCAGUUGCUAUAUUGCUCCCGUACCAUGGUCCCAGGCUGGCAAUAGCAAGCAUGUCAGCUACGGCAAGGUUGGAGGCAAGUUACCCCCUACAUCCAUCAGCGUUGUUCUUCUUUACAGUCUAAGAUGGAAUGGAAUAUAU